CACAUAACGACAACGCCGGAUCGUAUCAAGUACGCUGAGAUUUACCUUCCUUAUACUCCGCGAAUUCGCCCAGAGCGAUCCAUCCAAUGAACGACGUCCACGCGUCCACUCCGAGACUCCCUCGGAUCCCGAGACGUCCUCUCGCGACCUUCGCCAUACGCGCCGCGGCAACAAUAAUAAUCAUGCCGAGAAAGGAAACUUUUCAACAAAUCCCCAUUUUCCCAAUCUCCAUGAUCGGAUUCGGACUCCCCCCCUCUCCUCCUUUAUAAACCCUAGCGACCCAAUGCGGAGGCGAUCCAACAAUAUUCCCCUCUAGGGUUCGUACUCUUCGCCAGAGCCGCUGCCACCAUGGCCCCUCUAGGGUUCCUCCUCCUCUUCGUCCUCGCCCUCCCCUCUAGGGUUUUCGCCGGCGCCGGCGCCGGCGGCGGAGGUGGGUGCGCGGCGGCGAGGUUCUCCAACGGGCGCGCGUACGCGUCGUGCGUCGACCUACCCCACCUCGCGGCGUCCCUCCACUGGACCUACGACGCCGCCGCCGCGUCGCUCUCCGUCGCGUUCUCUGCGCCGCCGCCCUCGGCGGCGGGGUGGGUCUCGUGGGGCAUCAACCCCGCCGAGGGCGGGGGCAUGGCCGGCGCGCAAGCCCUAGUCGCCUUCAAGCAGAAGAGCGGCGCCCUCGGGGUCAAGACGUACAACAUCUCCUCCUACGGCCCCAUCGCCGAGUCCCCGAUCGCGUUCCAGCCCUCGGACCUCGCCGCCGAGGACGCGGCCGAGGGCGGCGGCGCCGUGCGCUUCUACGCCAAGCUGAAGCUCCCCGAGGGCACGGAGUGGGUGAGCCACGUGUGGCAGGUGGGCCCCGCCGUGGUCGACGGCGUUCCCGCGAAGCACGCCUUCGCCCCCGACAACCUCGCCGCGAAGGGGACGCUCGCUCUCGUCCCCAGCCGGAGCUCCGGCGAGGCGGCGUCGGCCGGUGCCCUGGCACCGCCUCCGACCACGGCGGCGGUGUCGGGAGCCGAGAAGAGGAAGGUACGUAUUAUGGAACUCGUAUUUGGCACUAUCUUUUUCGGGUCCCUUAUGAUCUGAUUUGAAUAUGCAGCGGUUGUUACUUAUUUAAAGGGUUUGAUGUUAUUAAAUUUUAGAUUAUUUUGUGGUCGGUAGUUACAUUUUUAUUAAUUAAAUAAAUCUGUCGAAUUUGAAAUUUGAUUGGGUGGAUACGUUUGUAAGUUUUGGUUUGACCUGUACGGGUUUGACCCCGAAAUAU